AUGGACAGAAUACAAUUUAUAAGGCUUCUAAGUAAUCCUGAGUAUCUCACUAGCAUCCACCCAGCCAUCUCCAACGCUAUCACUCUCAACGUCAUCGACUCUCACACAAAGUUGAUACGCGUCUUUAUUUCCUCUGGUUGGACUAAAUCUAUAAAAUACAGUGAUAUUAUUAUAACCAUCUUUUACAAUCAACACUCUGUCAUCUCUGUAGCCACUUCAAUCGAUCCUCAAUCUGAAGAACCCUAUCAAUACGCUCAAAUUCCUCUUUUAGCGUGGUCUGCGGAGUUUAAUCGCCAUUCCACCAAGAUAAAUCACUACUGGCAGUGGAAUAUCAAAAAUCACUCAAAUACUGGCUCAAUCAUGUCAAAUCUGGUUGAUUUAAUGGCGAAUUCAAGUGAUAUCCCCCUGUUGAACUCGUUUGACCAUCUCAAUAUCAAUAAUUACUCUAUUGACAAUCAAAGAGAUUGCUUAUCGUUUCAAGUUAACGUUGAAAAUCACUCUGACUCCUCCCCUCAUCUUUCUUUGGUCGUUUUAGCUGAUUUCGCUUGGGAUUUACUCACAUCCAGUGAUUGUAACGCGCAAAUCUCAAAUCAUUCUUCUUUACUACUCAUCCAAAUCCAUUUCACUCACUCCACCUCCCUUUCCAUAGAAAAAACUACCGGUCCUCCUUCUUCUGUACGAUUUAAUGGCAUAAUCAAGCCCAUCUCUAUCUCCAACGAUCCUAUACUCAAUGAGGCCCUCCCAAAAUCAUCUGCCCACAAGUUCCAUGCCAAUUCGAUCAUGAACCAGCUAUCCAACUCCAGCAAGCAGGAGGAAUCGGCCUUGACUGAACAUUCCUCACAAUCCACUUCCAAUUCCUCUUUACGUUCAUCCUCACGUACACCCUCCCAAGCUACCGAGAUCGCUUCUAUCAUUCGUCAUAAUUACACCUACUUCUCCAGUUUGCUUCAAGAACCAGAGCCAAAGUGGAAGCACGUGAGCGAUACCAAGGGUGUCUCUAUCACUCAACUCGAUACUAUCGACCCUGCAGUUGUUUUGUAUCGUGGUCAAGCAACAUUUAUCGGCGUUAACAUUUUUGAUAUCUUUGCAGUCUUUGAAUCGUACGGCUCAAGGGUUUUUUGGGACAAAACGUUCGAGGAUGCAACUUUGCUUGAGGAUAUCAACAACGCUUCUUUUCUUUGGUAUUUGAAAACUAAGCCAGUCUGGCCAGCUAAUGCCAGAGACAAUGUCCUAGUAACGACUUCAUACAAAUCAAUGGCUAGCAUACACUGCUUCGGUUUCACAGCCCACGACUCUUCUCUAUUCCCCACAAUCCCACCUAUCAAGCCAAAUCUCAUACGAUCUCAAACCGACUUGUCAGGUGUAGCUAUUGAGAGUCUAUCGCCUACAACGGUCCAGGUGACUGUACUGGAGCAGAGUGAUCCAAAGGGAUGGCAGAACAAGUCUGGUAUUCCCCAAAUCCUCACUCAACAGAUCUCGGGAGUUGGAGAGUUUGCUAUUAAGUAUGGAGGCCCUCCAAUACUGACGGAUAUCACCAACGCGCGCACACUCAUGAGUCACUACGACCACGAGAAAGCCAACUACAAGUUGGAAUAUGAAAUGAUUCUGCCAUUCGACACUCUCGUACCGGUGCAAUCAGAAGAGGAGCUGCAUCCAAAUAGGUCCAAGGAGCCAUUCACUAUCACUUGCUUGCUUCGUUGCGACUUGGAUAGGUGGGCGAACAGCAUUGAUAUAAUUAUUGAUCCUCCUGCGACUAAUGUCGAGUGCAUAAAACGUCAUAGACUCAGCGCCCGAGGCGGAGGACUGUGGAUUGCCAUCAAACACCAAAUCGACCCAUCUAAUGAGCAGUACGAUAUUAUGGACUCGAAGCUAGCAGUGAAUAUAUUAAGGAGCAAAAAGGAUAAAGAUCGUGGUAGUGUUUACGUCAACGGAAUGAAAGAGACCAUAAAUAAUGAAGAGAUGUCUGAAGAAUCUAUUGCAAAAUUGAAAGCAAUGAAAAGACAUCCACCAGCUUGUGUGCCUCUCGACACACUUGCUGAGAGGCAUCUCGAAGUGAAUGACAUAGAUCCAGUUGAAGGUUGGUUGGAUUUGGAGAAGAAGGAGGUAGAUGUCAAGUUAUUGUCAUCGUCAUCGUCAGUGCCAGCGUCAGCGUCAAAUUCAACAUCAGCUUCUACAUCAGUCGCACCUAUGAAUAUACCUAACUCGGCAUCAGCUGAUAAAGAAGUAGCUUCUAGGUACACAUCUAAGAUGGGCAGUAUCCCCGAAGCGCCUUCUAUCAAGGAAGAUUCCAGUAUACUCUCACAGAAUUUUAAUCAAGAUGCCACUAAGCACAAGGAGCCAAUGAGACGCGCACUCGAUUCAUUGAGUUGGACAAGAAGAAUACAUGAGGAUCUUAAUACUAACACACAUACAACUUCGUCAGCCUUAAAGAACACACUUACAUCACAAAAGCAGCAAUUAUAUGGAUCGAGCGUGUCAACAAGUGGCAGUAUUGCCAGUAAUAACUCCAACACAGAUCUACUAUCAACGGAUGGCUCAAAAAAUACCAACUGGAACGUUAUAUUUGAAAAGGAUGAUCUCACAAUAAAGAGAAAAAUAUUCCACGCACUAUCGAAUGAUGUCCCAGUGCAAGUUGGUCAGCGUGUCAUUGAAGGGUGGAGUGUUAACGAAGUAGCUUCGGCUAUACAUUCCUCAUACAUUUCAAAGUCGUUCAAGGAUGGGAAGAAUUGGGACAAUGAGCGAAUUGCACACAAUGAUGUACUUGAGGUGUAUGCCAGUGGAAGUUUCAGCUCACACCUCACUCUCAAAACGACGUUCCCAUUCAAAGACAGAGCUUUCUUUACGUCCACCAUCACCAGCAACAUUAACGGAAAGUGCUAUAUAACGUCAGCAAGCAUUGACCCAUCACUACUCUCGUCUCACAAUUUCAAUGGUGAAAGUUUGAAUAGCGGAAAGCUCCCAUAUGGUAGAGUGCUGAUCGACAGCUGGGUGUUGGAAGAGAUAGAUCCAUACAGUACCGAGAAAUUACUAAUACCAUCGACGACAGUGAAUCAUUACGUCGCUGUAGACUACCGUGGCAAUGUGCCAUCGACCGUCAACAACCUGUGCAACACACUAAGUGUGAAGGUGCUCAACAAUUUAGACCAAUUUUUGAAGAACAAUGGUCCACCACUGAGUGUAUUAAAGCCUACGCAGAGAUUCACUCUGAACAAGAACAGCGAGAUUCCGGACGAAGUGAGUCUGAAGGAAGGGGAGUUGAGCUGGGUGAUAGACGGACAGAACAAAGGGGAAGGUGGGUUCGUUGCGUCAAAUACAUACGACGGGGAGCACCAUCUUCAAUUUGGGCAUGCGCUGUUGAGUGAAGAGGAGAUAGCAGCACAGGCUGGUGUGCACGAGCUGGAGGAGAAGGAUGACCCAUUGGAUGAUAUAGACAUCGAUCAAGUCUCAUCUGCGCUUCCGGAGAGACUAGUCGAGCAGCAGCAGCAGCAGAAUUCGAAUUCUCAUACCAAUUCGCAAGCACAGUCUCGCAUCGUCACUCCAUCAAACCUUGCAAAGAGAGCUUCGUCAAUGUCGCUGCGAGUCUCGCCAGGACUGGGCCAGGUGAAAGGAAUGAGCGGGUCGUCGACUGCCACCCUCCGUAGGAGCGACUAUAAGAACAAUGAUGACAAUCUCUUGCAAGCAUUGCGUUUUGGUAAGGACUACAUACUCGCUGAAGUGGUAAUCGACUUGCAGCUGUAUUCUGGAGGAGUGAAUAUGAAUUUCGAGUCGGUAGUCAGCAAUGAGAGGCUUCCUUUGUCUUUACAACACGAUAAUCGAGAUAUUAGGGAUGACGCCACAGUUGCUGUCAACAUGCACAAUCUCACAUCGGCCCUGGAUCCUGCCAGAGUGAGGCACAAGCAGCUGCUCAGACUGGUGCUGAGGUGCGGUAGCCUCGAUGAUGGCGUCAGACUGAACCUGCUCAACCACCACAAAUUGAUAACGACACUCACACUCGGCUGCAGCGACGGCCUUACGCCUGAGAAAGAGUUUCUCUGCAAUGGUAACACUACAGCUGUUCAGACGGAGAAGCUGUCGAUGCAAGACUUGCUAGACGGCGUCAAGUGCGAUAUGCUUGACUGUGUUUCGUUGUCUAAUUCGAAUGGCGACACUGCAGUCCCGCCAGGCCUUCUCAACCCGCUCUCCGUCUCUCGCAGGCAUAUCAGGGGUGCAGAGCGGGAGGGGCAAGCGGAGCAAAGUGAGUUGUCUGAGGCAAAAGCUGCAGUGGGAGCCAGCGAAGCGAAGGAGGUAGUCGAUGGUGAUACAUCUGAGGGCGAGAUUGUUCAGAGCAACUCGCUUAUGUCUAUAUUCGGCACGAAUUCCAACGUGUUCUCCACCUGGGCCCCACCAUCAUUCCCAUCACUCCAGUCUCUCUUCAACAUUAGCACUAGCAAGACGGCCACACCUGAGAAGAAAGAGGACGAAAAGACCGAUAUAGCUGAAGAAGCUCGCAGCGCUUCCUCAAGUCCUUCUCCAGAGACGUACCAGACUCCUGAGGGCGUACAAUCACCAGCUGCACCUGAGUCUUUGUCUCCUCCCGCUCACACGCUCCAGGCAGCUGGAGCUGGACAUGGAGUUGUAGAUGUUGUAAGUGCAACUGCCCAUGGCACAAGACACAACUACACACUCAAGUCGCUCGGUUUGGUCUUCCUCCUCACGGCCAUCACCUUCUUCCUCCUUGGCUGUCUCCUCAGAUCUCUAACUCUGCCUGACGACUAUGUGGUGUAUGUACACAACAAUGUCGUCAACUUUGACCGACUGGCGAACUUGAUUAACUACAAGGUCUUCACAAAGUUGCUCCAGCUCAAGAUACCCUUUAUGAAUACAAAUGUAAUAAUAGGUCUCGCGUGA